CCGAUCUUCCCUCUCCUUUCCCAUGGCUGACACUCCUGGCGACAAUGCCACUCUAUACGAGCAGUCGCAUUCGGUUGACGCCAAUAACGAACCCAACGGCGGCAGUGUCGACGUCAAGCGCGCGGAGCAGCAGUUCGAGCAGCUCUCGCGUUCUCUUUCCCGUCGAUUCAGUGUCAGGUCGGAAGGCAAGAGGAUAAGUGAAAAAAAUUCAAACACCGACCGUGAUAUAGAGAAAUCGUCAGAAUCUGAGGAGGACGACCCUUUCGAUCUACGUGAAUAUCUUACUUCUUCCAAUGAUGCCAACCAACAGGCAGGAAUCCGACACAAGGUAACCUCGGAAUCUCAUCGUGCUCCCGCUCACUCUUACUUUGCAGCAUGUGGGAGUUACCUGGGAAGGGCUUCAGGUCGACGUCGUUGGUGGUGCUGAAAACAAGUUCUUCGUAAAGACAUUCGGAAACGCAAUACUUGGCUUCAUGCUCUCGCCUAUAACGUUAAUCUGGAGUCUGUUGCAACCUCUUUUGCCACUGAAGAAGCUUCCGACGAGAACUAUUUUGCACAAAUCCGAUGGGUACCUGAAGAGCGGCGAAAUGUGUCUGGUUCUCGGUUGCCCCGGCGCUGGAUGUACCACCUUCUUAAAGUCAAUCGCCAACCAACGGGAAGACUAUGCCGACGUGUCUGGAACCGUCCUGUACGCAGGAAUAGAUGCUCGGGAAAUGGGCAAGUUUUACAAGGGUGAAGUCGUUUACAACGAAGAAGAUGAUCGUCAUAUACCUACUCUAACCGUGGGCCAGACAUUAGGCUUUGCACUUUCGACGAAAACUCCGGGUCCGAAGGGUCGAUUACCCGGUGUCUCCAGGGAAGAGUUUAAUGAGGAGGUUCUACAGACUCUCCUUCGCAUGUUAAACAUCUCGCACACCAAGAACACACUGGUUGGAGAUGAAUUUGUCCGUGGUGUAUCCGGUGGAGAACGUAAGCGUGUUAGUAUCGCAGAGGUGAUGGCUACUCGCGCUCGUGUGCAGUGUUGGGACAACUCGACGCGUGGUUUGGACGCGUCUACUGCUCUGGACUACGUCAAAAGUUUGCGCAUCAUGACCGAUAUUCUUGGCCAAACCACAUUUGUCACACUUUACCAAGCCGGAGAGGGCAUUUACGACUUGUUCGACCACGUCAUCGUACUAGACAAAGGUCGUCAAGUAUUCUAUGGCCCCCCUACUGAGGCCCGCGCCUACUUUGAAAAUCUCGGUUACAAGCCCUUACCCCGCCAAAGCACUGCCGAUUAUCUCACUGGUUGCACUGACCCAAACGAACGGCAGUUUGCUCCCGGUCGCUCCGAAUCCGAUGUACCUAGCACCCCCGAAGCUCUCGAAGCUGCGUUCUUAAAGUCCAAGUAUGCUACGAUCAUGAAAGAGGAAUUGGAGGAGUACAAGCUCCUGAUGGAGACCGACAAGACUGAUCAAGAGGCUUUCCGUGUGGCAGUAGCGGCUGAUAAGAAGAAGGGUGUGUCGAAAAAGAGUCCUUAUACUCAAGGCUUUUCGGGGCAGGUCAUGGCAUUGGUUCGGAGGCAGUUCACCCAGCGAUUGCAGGAUAAGUUCCAGUUGUAUACUAGUUUCGCAUUGUCUACGGUACUCGCACUGGUCCUUGGUGGCGCGUUCUGGAAUCUCCCCACAACAUCUGCUGGUGCUUUCACACGCGGUUCCGUUAUCUUUGUCGCGCUCUUGACAACGUGCCUCGAUGCUUUCCAAGAAAUGCCCAUGCAGAUGAUUGGACGCCCUAUUCUCUACAAGCAGACAAACUACGGAAUGUAUCGUCCAGCUGCUACCGCUCUCGCCAACACACUAGCCGAUAUCCCAUUUUCAGCUCUCCGAAUCCUGAUUUUUAAUAUAUGCGUGUACUUCAUGUCCGGUCUCACACGCUCAGCGGGAGGGUUCUUUACGUUCCAUCUCUUCAACUAUCUUGCGUUUUUGAUGAUGCAAGGGUUCUUCCGAACGUUUGGGAUGUUCUGCGUCAACUUCGACUCAGCGUUUCGGCUCGCUACAUUCUUCAUCCCGAAUUUCAUUCAGUAUAGUGGAUAUACGCUUCCGGUUGGUAGCAUGAAGCGAUGGUUGUUCUGGAUCUACUAUAUCAACCCCAUAUCGUAUGCUUGGCAAGGAGCAAUGGAAAAUGAGUUCAUGCGGAUAGACUUCACUUGUGACGGUACCUCCGUCGUUCCUCGUAACGUUGGCCCCAUUACAAAGUAUCCCGAAGUCCUUGGACCUAACCAAGCUUGCACCUUCUUCGGAGCCAAAGAUGGGAGUAAUAUCAUCCAGGGGUCGGAUUAUCUCGAUGUUGGGUUCGGGAUCCACGUUACGGACCUUUGGAGACGGUGCUUCCUUGUUCUUCUCGGGUUCUUCAUUGCGUUCCAAAUCACUCAGUUCAUCGCUUUGGAGUAUUUCCCUCAGUACAACCGGAUCUUUGGUGGUGGAGUCUUUGCCAAGGAGAAUGAGGAGACGAAAAGGCUGAAUCAGAUACAGAGGGAGAAAAGGGAUGCUAAGCGGUUGAGAGCUAAUGUGGAUAAGGAGGAUAAGGAACAGAAAGUUGAGGAGGCAGGCGACCAACCGUACAGGAAGACUUUCACUUGGGAAGCGCUCAACUAUACUGUUCCUGUUCCCGGAGGCACUCGAAGGCUAUUACACGACGUUUAUGGCUAUGUCAAACCUGGUUCUUUGACCGCUCUCAUGGGUGCUAGUGGCGCAGGUAAAACGACUUGUCUCGACGUUCUGGCUCAGCGAAAGAACAUCGGUGUUAUCGCCGGUGAUGUUCUCGUCGACGGUCGAGCCCUCGCAUCCGACUUUGCUCGAGGAACGGCUUACGCGGAACAAAUGGACGUUCACGAACUAAGCGCUACCGUUCGAGAAGCCAUCCGGUUCUCAGCUUACCUCCGUCAACCUGCCGAAGUUCCAAUCGAAGAAAAGAACGCAUACGUCGAAGAGAUCAUCGAAUUACUGGAGCUUCAAGACCUCACGGAAGCACUGGUCAUGAGUCUCGGCGUCGAAGCCCGUAAACGACUUACCAUUGGUGUAGAAUUGGCCAGUAAACCCGAGCUAUUGUUAUUCUUGGACGAACCUACAUCCGGACUCGAUGCUCAAAGCGCUUGGAAUCUCGUUCGGUUUUUGCGAAAAUUGGCGGAUCAGGGGCAAGCUAUCUUGUGUACCAUCCAUCAGCCUUCCUCUCUGCUCUUUGAGAGCUUUGAUCGCCUCCUAUUACUCGAGAGUGGUGGAGAGACUGUUUAUUUCGGCGAUAUCGGUGCUGAUUCAGCUUUGUUGAGAGAGUAUUUUGCGAGAAAUGGAGCACCUUGCCCACCGAAUGUGAAUCCUGCAGAGUUUAUGCUUGAUGCGAUUGGUGCUGGUGUUGCUCCUAGGAUUGGGAAGCGGGAUUGGAAGGAUAUUUGGUUGGAUUCUCCAGAGUAUCGGGCUUUGUUGAAGGAGAUUGCUCUCAUCAAAGAGCGGGGACUUGCUAGGGUGGAUGAGAAUAAGAAGAAGGAUGUUACAUAUGCUACUUCUUUCUGGUAUCAACUCAAGGUCGUCGUUCAACGAAACAAUUUGGCGCUUUGGAGAUCUCCGGACUACAUCUUUACUCGGUUAUUCGUUUGCAUGUUCAUCUCGCUUUGGGUUGCUCUGUCCUUCUUGAAUUUGGGACAUUCUGUUCGGGAUCUCCAGUUCCGGAUAUUUGCACUGUUCUGGGUGUCCGUUCUUCCAGCUAUCAUUAUGACUCAAAUUGAACCGAUGUUUAUCCAUAACCGACGUAUAUUCAUUCGAGAGGCGUCUAGUCGUAUUUACUCGCCCUACGUCUUCGCUAUCGGCCAGUUGAUUGGUGAAGUGCCGUACAACAUCCUCUGUGCCAUUGUUUAUUGGGUUGUUAUGGUCUAUCCAAUGGGCUUUGGGCAAGGUACUGCCGGAUUAGGCGGCACAGGAUUCCAACUCCUCGUCAUCAUUUUCGUUGUGUUGUUUGGUAUUUCCCUUGGCCAGCUCAUCGCUGCGAUCACUCCUAGUGUUCAAGUGGCAGUUCUUUUCAACCCAUUCCUUGGUUUGGUGCUUUCGACGUUUGCUGGUGUGACGAUUCCGUAUCCGACGAUGAAUCACUUUUGGAGGAGCUGGUUGUAUCAAUUGAACCCCUAUACUCGCCUGCUUUCUGCGAUGUUGUCGACGGAGUUGCAUGGUUUGACCAUUAAAUGCAAAUCCGACGAGUUUGCGGUGUUCAGCCCUCCCUCUGGACAAACGUGUCAACAGUGGGCCGGUGAAUUCGUGAGCGUGUCUGGAGGGUAUGUUGAUAACCCGAACUCGACCGAUUCGUGCAGGUAUUGUCAAUAUACGAAAGGCGAUGAUUUCUAUACGCCGCUGAAUAUCAGUUUUGAUGAUCGGUGGAGGGAUGUGUUCAUUAUUUUUGCUUUCUUUGUGUUCAACCUCAUUGCGACUGUGAUAGCGUCGAGGUUGCUGAGGUUUGCGAAGCGGUGAACGUUGACCCGUUAUCGGUCAAAAAAAUUAUUUCUUAUUUCGUUUUGUUCCAUCUACCUAUUCUAUGACCACUCGCACGAAUCAGGACGUGGACGUUUUUUCAUGAACUCGAUUUGGCACGUAAUGAUUAGAUUGUUUCUCUUCACGUCAUUUACACAUCCUACCACGCACACCAUUCCUCUGAUGAAGUAAUCUAGAUUUACAUUUGCAUUUGUAUAUAGAACUGCAUUCACUAUAUAGUAGCGCUAGCAGAACUAGCGUAAAGCUUAACUUUAUUGUGAAAAUUUCAAUUUUUGAAAGGA